UUAGAAUAUAAUUCCUGUGAAACCUUCCUAUAUAAAUAUAAUCCUUAUAACAAAGUUAUUUCUAAAAUGCCAGCUGCAGCGGUCUAUUCUUUACUUAUAAAAAGAGAAAAUGCUCACGAAGAUUCAAUUUACACCUGUGCGUGGACUCAAACAAAUAUUUCUGCUGAGGCAAAGGAGCAAAUUAAACAUUUUCUAGUGACAGGAGGUCUAGAUGGCUUAAUAAAAGUAUGGCAUAUAGAAAACAACAAGCUAGAGUUAUUCCAUACACUUCAAGGGCACUGUAUGGCUGUUGUUUCAAUUGCUAUCAGCUCUGAUGGACACACUAUAGCCUCAGCAUCAUUAGACUCAACUAUGAUGAUAUGGGAUUUGAUGUCAGGUAACAAAGUCCAUGAAAUACAAAGUGAAGCUACAGAUGUAUGGAAGGUUGCAUUUUCACCGAACAAUACACAUGUUGUCUCUGGAAGUCAUACAGGGAAAGUCAUCAUAUAUAAUAUUGUGAAAGGCAUAGUUCAUAAGACUUUAGAUACAAGAGGCAAGUUUACUAUUUGUGUUGCAUGGAGUGCAGAUGACAAGUACAUAAGUAGUGGUGCAGUGGACGGUACAGUUUGUAUAUUUGACGUACAACAGGGAAAGUUAAUACACACAAUUGAGGCGCACACUAAAACUGUCAGAAGUGUGCAGUUUUCAACGAAUUCAAAUCUUCUUGUAACAGCAUCAGAUGAUGGUUAUGUUAAAGUUUAUGAUUCUGCCAGUGCAAACCUCGUUAAGAAUGUAAAUCUCAAGUCGUGGGUGUUGAAUGCGUGUUUCUCAAAAGAUGGCACUCGUAUAGCGGCUGCGACAGCGGACGGCUCUGUUUAUGUCAUACUGCUUACUGAUUGCAAGAUAUUAAAACAAUUCAAGGAACAUUCUAGUACGGUGUGGGAUGUGAAGUUUAAACCAACGAGUGACCAUUUGGUGUCAGUUUCCAAGGACAAAUGCAUUAAUGUUUAUGAAUGCCCAAUACCUACAAAAGAUACUAAAAAGUGA